GUUAUUAUAUCCAUCUUUUGUUUUUUUGUUUUUUUCGUUCCAUCUCAUACCUCAAGCGAGUUCGUGUGAGUCACGAGGAGUCACCUUACGCGUACUGACGCGUCACCUCGCAGGCCACUAAACAAAAAGCCUUACAGAUACAAUAGACUUUGUCUUGAGUUACAGGAACUUCAUCAACGACUAUCAACCAACUCCACCUUCAUCUUCUCCCAUCAAGCUUAUAAACAGGGGGGAAAAAAUCAUGGCUGAACGUCGAAGGAUUGAGACGGUUCGGGAUCUUAGGUUCAAGCGGAUUAUGAAGAAUCAACAUUCUUCCGCAGUAGCUGGCGCUUCCAGUGUUGCGGAGUCCAGUACCGCCCGCAAUACUACUGCUAUCAAACGCGAAGCCCAUGCCGAGUCCGAAGAUAAUAAUUAUGAAGUUGGACCUGGAUUGAGGGAUGAGGCUGCUGCGAGACUUUUACAGCGUCGUAAUAAGCGUAACCCUGUUGUAGCAAGUAAUCGUCUUUCUGAGCAGACUCGCUUCUCUAGCAAUCGUGUUAUAUCCCGUAGUGAUCUUAUCGCUCUUUCUGUCCAUCGAGACACAAUUGCGAGAGUCAUGGACAAGCUUAGCCCUAAUGCAGCAGACUGGCAGUUUGUUAGAGAAGCACUUUACAAACUUCCGUUUGAGAAUGUGGAUCAGAGGAUUGUGCAUUCUUCUGGAGCUAUGAAGCAAUUACUUAGGUUUGAGGAAAAUCGUUUUGAUAUUCCGGAGGAUGUUUCUUUGGACGCUCGGAUGAUUCUUAAGAGAUGGAGGAACGGGGACUACGACCCCCACUUACUUCGCGGAGUUGACCUGAAUCAGACUAUUACACAUGUUAAGGGAAGAGGUGCAAAGAGCGUUAAACGUACUAGGCACUAUAAGCUCGAAGAGGAUUAUAAUUGGAAAAGGGAUGAUAAUGUUGAGGGGAAUCAUGAAUUGUUUGUUGGUGAAUGGUGGCCACUUCAAAUCUGUGCUUUAAGAGAUGGGGCUCAUGGCGAAUUGGAAGCUGGUAUCUCUGGCAACAAUGUCAUCGGUGCGAUCUCCGUUAUUGUCUCAGGUGGUGCUCUUUAUCCGGACCUCGAUGAACUUGAUAGAGUCCUCUACUGCGGUACCAUGGGAAUUGACGCUCCAAUUAAUUACGCAGCCGACCCUGCCGAGGACCGCGAGCCCGGUGACCGUAUUCCGUCUCACAAUACGAAGCUACUUAUGAUUUCCUUCAAGAACGGAACCAAGAUCCGUCUCUUCCGUUCGGCCAAGUCCCAGUCACCAUAUGCGCCCGCUGAAGGACUUCGCUAUGAUGGUCUUUACACCAUCCGAGCCUACGAGUUACUAGAUAAAAAGAACGCUGUCUAUCGUUUCGAAAUGAUUAGAGAGAAAAAUCAGCCGAAAAUUCGUGGCGACCCUGACGACCCUGGUUGUAAGCCUAAUAAAGUCGAACUCGCAAAAUGGCAAGGAAUCAAGAAGACUUUAAAAGGGGAAAGAUAGAUUGACGCUUCUGUUGCUAAGCUGUCCAUUUUUUGCUUUCUUUCAUCCUCCACUUUCAUGAAUCUCCUUUUUCUUUUCCUCUAAAAUGUCUUCUCUCAACCAUUCUUACUUUUGCGAAAUUCUGUUUGAUGAUUUUCCUUGAAAUACUGCUUUAUGAUUACGAAUAACGCACCGAGAUGAUACAUAUUCUUUGGAUCGCCAACUUACAUGUUAGUUACUUGCUACUCGUUUGGCUAAUCAACUACGAGCUUGUUAUAUUAGCCACCCCAUACGCUCAUGUUAGGUGUUGUUCUCACAUUUGCUUUUCUUUCCCGUUUCUUUCUCCUUAUCUUCAGCUUUUUUUCUUCCGAGGUUUUCCUUCUUUUCUUUAAUCGUUACUAUUGUUACUAAUAUCCGGGACCCUGGCAUACGCGGAGGAACAAAGAAAGGAAGUGGUUAGCGAGGAAGGAUAGUUGUCGUUGGAAGGUGGAAGGUGGGAGUCGGUGAGACUUCAUAGUUUAGAAACUAAAUUUUUUUUUUUUUUUUUUUCAAA